GUCCAUGAAUGUUUAGUAUAAAUUUAUGUAUUUUAAAUUUAAUAUUAUUUUGAUUUUACGGAAUAAUAUAAGUACAAUUACUGAAGAGGAAAGAAUAUAAGUUCAUAAAACAUAAUAAUUAUUUUCAAGACUAAAAGAAAUUAUCGCUUAUAUUCUUGUUAAAUUAUAGACAUGCUUUGUAAAAUAACAGAAGAAUAAUGGAUAAAAACAGCUCCAAAUUCAUAUGAUAACUUACUGACUUUUGUGUUUUAUAUAGAAUUAAAAGCUUUCGUAGGCUAUAUUUCUUAAAAAAGAUGUCUUACGAAUGAACUGUCUUCAACUUAACUGUAACGAUGCAUACUAUCACGAUUCUUUGCAUGAAACAAUAUAAUGGCAAUAAUAUAUUGUAUUAGUUUCUAUAUCUAAAUAUUUUGCAAGUAGAUACUGCAAAGUUUUCAACAGGCUUCAGAAAAAUUUAUAUUCUAUAAUUUUUAAACACAUUUACUUUGAAAUGAAGUAUAAAUAACAUCAUUAUUUUAACCUAGAGAUUCUAACCUGCGGAUAAUAAAGUUUUUUGAUACAUUUUUUAUUCCUCGUUUUUAAUAUCACUGUUAAACCUCUGUCAUCUCUUUAGAAAAACACAAAGGACUUGAAAUCUGUAAAUCUUCUUACUCCUAAGCAAAUCAAUAAGUCUCUAAUCUGACUCCAGCUUAUCUUACUCACGCUUAUUCUCGAAGAUUCUCGGCAUUCUCGAGGAAGAUCAUUAUUCAGAAACUCUUAAGAGAUGGUCCUAUUCUCAAACGUUUUUCUUGACUGAAUUCAAGUACAGAUCGUACAAAAUCUUUGUUUUACAGUACGGACCAAUUUCUUUCGCUGAGUUUUUAAAUAAAUUGUUGUGAAUCCCUCAAAACAAUUAACUGGCUUUGAUGUUUUCAAAUACUGUCAGGCGAAAUAAAUACAGCUAAUUUCGCAACGUCUUUGAUGGAUAAGCUUUGAAUAUAGAUUGAAGAAUAACAACCAUGGAGAACUUUAAUAUAGACCUAAAUAUCACAGACACAGAGUCGUACGCAUGGAAUUCAACAAUGAACGUUGAUGAACGUCUGCCUCCAGCUUCUGCGACUAGUAUUAUUGGACUUUCGCUUUUAUUUUUCAUAAUAGGGGCAAUCGGCAUUACUGGAAAUCUUCUGGUAAUUUUUGCAAUUUUAGGAGACCAACGGAUGAGGAACUCUGUCACUAAUCUCUUGAUAAUGAACUUAGCUGUUAGUGAUCUCAUUAUCAUGAUAGCGUGUAUUCCGGACAUUAUACAGUUUAUUGAAAACAGAGGAUGGAGAUUGGGUCUCUCGAUGUGCAAAGCCCUACGUUUUACUGAAGUUUUCGCCUUGUACGCUUCAGUUAUGACGCUGGUCAGCGUAUGCCUUGAAAGCUCAAGAAGGACCUUAGAUGUAAGCAGAAAUUUUCCUGGUGGGUCUUUGAGGCAGCUGGUGAUUUCUCGCCAACUUGACGACACUCUGCAAGCUUCGACAAAACGCAAUUUCGGAAUUCUAGGAGUAAUUUUUCCCAAAGGCAGGUAAA